AUGCUCGACUGUAUCGGAGGCUGUAUCUUUGGGAGACUGGCGAACGAGCCACGUCCUCCCACCGACCCCCGAUCCCCUGAGUCCAUUGCCUCUGCCAUUGUCACCACAAUACUCAAUGCCGACGAACCAUACUCGCUCGACAAACAACUGAACGAGGAACUUUCCACCGAAAGUUGGACCGACGCCAUAGCACAAGCUAUCCUCCACGGUCUAGAGAAUGCAAUCAAUUCCGGCGCAGACAUGGCGAAAGCCGCCUCUGAUGCUGCGGCCCAGAGCAGAAACGCUGCUGUCGGCUUUGCGACAGACCAUCCUAUGUACACUACGCUGAUUGCAUUGGGCAUUCUGGCCUUGUUGACACCUUGGGCUCUUGAAAUCCUUGGGUUUGGGGAGUUGGGUCCAAUUGAGGGCUCGUUUGCAGCUGGGUGGCAGAGAUCAUUUGCUGGAUAUGUGCCUAAGAAUGCUUUGUUUGGCUAUUUCCAGAAGCUGGGUAUGAAAUGGCGUUGGAUUUAG